AUGUGCUUGUUUGUAGAUCUACAACAUGUUCCCUUGGCUUCGUCCCAUUGUGGCGAAUCGGAAUCAAAUUGUGAAGAAUCUCAGAGAUACCUUUAAACAAAAUGAGGAAUUAAUAAAUGGUGUAAUGAAGACUUUGGACCCUUUUAACCCCAGAGGAAUUGUUGACAGUUUCCUCAUACGACAGCAGAAGGAUGAGGAAUCUGGCAAAACAGACUCACUGUACAAUUCAAACAAUUUAUAUUGUACUGUUAACAACCUGUUCGGGGCUGGUACCGAUACUACAGUCACAACAUUACGUUGGGGUCUUCUGCUAAUGGCCAAAUACCCUGAAAUACAAGCCAAGGUUCAAGAUGAGAUUGAACGAGUGAUCGGUGGACGUCAGCCAGUUGUAGAGGACAGGAAAAACUUACCAUAUACAGAUGCUGUGAUCCAUGAAAUUCAAAGAUUUGCAGACAUUUCACCCAUCGGUGCCCCCCGUCAGACCACAUGCGAUGUUCAUCUGAACGGAUAUUUCAUCAAAAAGGGCACCCCUGUGUUCCCACUACUGGUCUCUGUGUUGAGGGAUGAAAAUGAGUGGGAAACGCCUGACAGCUUUAACCCAAAACACUUUCUAAAUAAACAGGGACAGUUUGUGAAAAAGGACGCCUUCAUGCCCUUCGGUGCAGGACGCAGGGUUUGCAUUGGAGAGAGUUUGGCCAGGAUGGAGCUCUUCCUCUUCUUCACGUCUCUCCUUCAGUAUUUCCGCUUCACUCCUCCUCCUGGAGUGUCUGAAGAUGAUCUAGAUCUCACACCAGUAGUGGGCUUCACACUGAAUCCGAAGCCACACCAACUGUGUGCAGUGAAACGGUCUUAGAAACAUCAUACAUGCUGUUAAAAUAUUAUCUCUCAUUGUAUUAACACUAUUUUUUGCUUGUAUAUUUACCAGCUUUGUCCCUGUUCCUAUUCUGACCUUUGCACUUUCUAUUAUUUGACUGUUUCUGCCACUUUAUCCUCCAAGAUUUGCAAUUAAUAUGUCUUUCUAUGCUAUUUUAGUAUUUUUAGCUAUAAAUCAGAGAUAAAUGUUUGAUAUGAGUACAUGAGCAAUUUGUUUAUUUGUGUUAUCACAGGCUGAACUCUCUGCAGGAUGUAUGAUUAAAGGCGGUUGCAGCUCA